UGAUGCAAAGUUCAAUUUUUUAUACAGCAUUUUUGUAACAACUGAAGGUAAUAUUGUAGUAUAGAAUUGAACUAUGUCCCUUGAAAAUACAUACCGUGAUACAAAAUACAAACCCUCCAACUUGUAAGUCAAGCCCCAGAGCCUGUUACCAGUGGGGCGCACCCUAGGUAUCCUAAUCAGAACCACCUCAACUGACUCUUUUCGGUGCAGACCAUCGGCAGAGCUCCUCCCAGGACGACAGUGUUCUUCAUCCUAAACUGAUUUCUACAAAGUGCAUAUGAAAUUGUGCACCCACUGAUAACGUAAAACACGGAUUGUUAAUCAGCGAUCAAACUAGAUGUGUUCAACAGCUUAAGGCAGAAAGAAAAAAAAGCAUCUGUUGUUACGAUUAGGAAGUAAGGACAAUACAAUUAUAGACCAAGUAAAAUUUUUAUAAACAGGAUACUCUGCUCACGCACAUAAAGUGACCUUCGCAUUCCUUUAUAAUAAAAAAACAACCACUAAUUGGAUCGAGACCAAGCCAAAGCUAAAAUUCCUGUCUUUAAAUGUGGGCAAAACUUCCACCAAGACUUCCCUGCAGAUCUCAGUCAUUUAAUACAAGACACAUACAAACAGAAAAAUAAAGAUAUAUCGGAUUGUUUAAUAGCCUUUAUAUCAUUCCAAGUAUAAACUUUUCAAAGAACAGAGGCUGUAAUGUCUUACAUGAAGCAGAAGCACACAGCUAAUAACAGUAUAAGAUCCAAUGUAGUCAUAAAGUAAUUUGCAAUCUUAAAAACUGAUAAAACUAUGAAUAGACCAAAUACAUUCUUAGUGUUCUGUAGAAAUUUGCUUGGUGGGUGUUUAAUCUAGUUGCAAUGGAUGCAGUUCAUUAAUGAACACAGGCUAAAAUAAAUCAUUAAUUUGUGGAAGUGAAAAUGUCCUUUUCAAAUGAUUUGUUCACUUUGUUUUUUCCUGGUUUAUGUCGACGAGAGUAUGCAGAAUAGGAUUUCCCUGAAAGGAGGAGGGAAGGAAACCUCAUUGACGGAUAGCUCCUCCUUUGCCAUGCCCCCAAAUGAGACGAGAGCUUUAAGGGAGAGAUCUGGACUGGUCGCUGCAUUCCCUUCUGCACCGUCAGCAAACAUGAACCCUGACUUUUCCAACAAUGCAAAGGAGCGUCCGGAGAAUUUUAAGGCAGAAGUUAAAGGAAGCAUCCCCAGCUGGCUUCAUGGGAUUCUCCUACGUAACGGACCAGGAAUCUUCUCUGUGGGGGAGACCAGCUAUGAUCACUGGUUUGAUGGGUUGUCAAUACUGACCAGCUUCACUAUCAAAGAUGGUGAAGUGACCCAUCGAAGCAGGUUCCUCAGAAGUGACUCCUACAAUGCCAACAUGGCUGCAAACAGGAUAGUUGUGUCAGAAAUGGGAACGAUGGCCUAUCCAGACCCAAGCAAGAACUUUAUUUUCAAGGCGAUCACGUUUCUGAACCACACUAUGCCUGACUUCACUGACAACGGAGCGAGCAACAUCAUAAAAUAUGGAAAUACCUAUUACGCCACCUCCGAAACCAACUACAUCCGCAAAAUCGAUCCGGUCACCCUGGAAACUCACGACAAGGUGGACUACUUGAAGUACCUGCCGGUAAACUUGGCCACGUCCCAUCCACAGUAUGACAAAGAAGGCAAUGCCUACAACUUUGGAACUUCGGUGGCAGAGAAAGGGAAGACCAAAUACACUCUGUUCAAAGUCCCAGCUGCUUCAGAGAAAGACAAAGGCAAGACCGUCUCUGCGCUGAAGAACGCCCRGGUGGUCUGCACGAUUCCCUGCCGCUCUCUCCUCACGCCCAGCUACUACCACAGCUUCGGCAUGACGGACAACUACAUCGUYUUCAUCGAGCAGCCGUUCAAGCUGGACAUCCUCAAGAUGGCCACCGCCUACAUGAGGGGAGUGAACUGGGCCAGCUGCAUGAAGUACAACCCGGAUGAAAAUACUCUGAUCCAUCUGAUUGACAAAAAAACAGGCAAAGAGGUGGAGAUGAAGUACUCCACUGGAGCGAUGGUGGUCUAUCAUCAUGUGAACGCCUUUGAAGAUGACGGUCACGUGGUCUUUGACGUCAUUGCCUACGACAACACCAGCCUUUAUGACAUGUUCUACCUGAGCAAGCUGAAAGAAGCUGCUAGGUCCCAAAACAAAGACAACUGCAAACCAAGUUAUCGAAGGUUUGCAAUUCCCAUUCACCCGGACAAGAGCGUUGCAGUUGGAGACAAUAUGGUAAAACUCAAAUACACAAAAGCCAGCGCUGUGAAGGAGAAAGAAGGCAAACUUGUGUGUCAGGCAGAGGUCCUCUGUGAAGAUUUUGAGUUACCCAGGAUCAAUUAUGACUACAAUGGCAUGAAGCACCAGUUUGUCUAUGGAAACAUUGUGGAUGAAUCUGCAUCAACUAAACAGCUUGCAAAGUUUGACACAGAAACUAAAAGCAUGGUUUUCUGGGACGAGGAGAACUGCUGUCCAUCAGAGCCGGUGUUCGUCCCGAGACCGAGCGGAGAGUCAGAGGAUGACGGAGUGGUCCUGGUGUCGGUCAUCAACUCCAACCCGGGCCAGUCUGGUUUCCUCCUGAUCCUUGACGGACGGACAUUUAAGGAAGUAGCUCGAGCCUAUGUGAACACUGAGCUCUAUAAGGACGUUCAUGGUGUUUUUAUCCCACUAGGCAGUAAUUAGCAUUCAAAAGCUGCCUCUGAAAAGUGUUUUUUUAGUGUUCAUGAGCUUUCUUCUCCUUGMAUGUUGAGUCCUACCUGCCCUGUAUCACCUGAUCUUCCCCACAUGCACUUCAGUUUAUCAUAAUGGACUUUGCUCAUUAACCUCAGCAGUAUUUACACUCCACAUUGCAGUUUUUUUUUGUUUUAACCAUUGUUUUAUGAACACUCUGGAUCUUACCUUGACUCUUCAUGAUGUUCACUUUCAUAUCCAUUUGCCACUGAUAUUGUAUAAAUGUGCACAUUUAUUUUUUAAUACAUGAAGCACCUUACCAUCUAUGUGUUUGUCUCCAGAUUCUGAAAAGCAAYAUUUUCUCACACGUAUAAAGGAUUUUUAUUUUGUGUAGUUGAAAAUGUCUCUUUGAGUACAUGUAUUGUAUAUAAAACCCAGUGUUUUUUGA